ACAUUUUGAUGACAUUUUGUUUCGAAAGCCGUUCGGGUUGAAUGCUAAUAUAUUCCAUGUUAUUCAAUGCAAUGCAAAAAUAUUGUAUUGCACCCAGUCAUCUAAAACAACGCUGAACACUGGCAAACAUCUAAACAAGGGUCGUCAACCGAUAGGGCAAUGGUCCAAAUAGUAAUAAGAAGCAGUGUGGGCAGUGGUGCCGCUGCAGAGUGGCUGCUGGUUGAACUGCAAGGUGAAGUGGUAUCCAGGCAGAACUCUGGUCUAGCAGGGAAUGCCAUGGGGGAUCUGCUCUACACUAAGGAGGGUAUUCCUGUGCUUAUAGUCGGCCAUCACAUCCUGUAUGGUAAAGUGGUCAAACUGGAGAAGCCUUUCGCCGUCCUCACCAAGCUCCCUGGUCACGCACAGGACGCCGCCAGCCAUGACGACAACAACCAGGGACCCAUGGAAACCGACAGCCAAGGAGAUCCUUCCUGCACCUCCUACUCGGUGACAGCCCUUAUCAAGAAGAAGCUCAUUUUCAAGACGCGGCCCAAGCCAAUCAUUACAAAUGUGCCUAAGAAGGUGUAAACCAAGAAACUGUUAAGUUUUGUGUCUGUGCACAUACCUGGUGUGGUGGGUAUAAAAUAUGAAUAGAUAGAUCUUUGCAACACAUCUAAUAAAGUAGUUGAGGUGCUUUUAAGUAUUUGCACUCUGCUAAACUUUUAUAAUAUAAAAGUUUAGCAUAGUGCAAAUACUUAAAAGCACCUCAACUACUUCAUUAGAUGUAGGAAACUUAACUGUUUCCGACACCAGGUGUCGCCAAAGUCCCUUUUUUGAAACUAAGUAUCUAAAGAGGAGAACAUCUGAAUAGAUGUAAAUUUCUUUCAUCAUAAGGAGAAUGUUUUAUUAAUGUGUGAUUCAUUUGUUUUUAUUCAUACCUUGCAGUUAAAAAAAUAAUAAAAUACUAAACCGUAAAAGUAAAGCAUCAGAAGAUGCUUUUUUUUCUGGAUCCUUUCGGCAAUAGAAAACAUUGUGUAAUAUUUCAUUCAAAAUUCCUUGUCAUAUUGGUUUGUUGUAGUAAAGCCUACCUCAUCAUAGUUUUAGUCGUUUUAGUAGUAGUAAUGGGAAGUUAGGAUCAGGUCUGGAAGGAUAUUAAAUGCUACACACACCUGUAUGUGUUCAAAUGCACAUCAUUUAAGUUUUUGGGGGAUUUGUCCCAAACCCUUUCCCCUAUCCCCCUACAUUUCUUAACAUGCACCUCAUCCCAAAAUAAAUGCCAAUGGUUAAAGUACCUAUUGACUUUCUAAACGUAAAACGUUAAUACAAACAUUGUUAUCAUGUUGGUGAACUAAUGUAAAGACAAGUUAAACGGCAAAGUAAUGUCUCCAUAUUUCCUUAAAACAUGGACCAUUUUAUUGUGUGGAAGAAGUAUAUUAUAAACAGACAUUUCAGUACAUUGAGUGGCGGACCAUAAAGACGCAGACUCUGUCCUGGCUCAUGGAGGAGUACAUAUUGACGCAUACAUCAAACAGAAACAAAGGUAAAGGGAAUUAAAUCAAGGUAGCCUUUCAUGCAGUUCCUCUUAAAUCUCUUGAGCGUGCUGAAUAAAUAACAUCUCCUUGUCUCUUGAACCACCCAAAACCUGUACCAUUUUAUGUUGGUGACCUGUCCUAAAGCAUCCAGCAGUAUCACCUUUAUCAACACACGAAUGGAAAGAAUCUGAAAAAGAAAUGGUUGGAAUGACAGGAACAAGCUAACGGAAAUAUUGCCCUAUUACAUUCGCAGAACACACACUUGGCGCGGCUCACUCUUACUUUCGGUUAAAAAGCAAACAUAAAACAGGCCAGAAACUCUUGAGUGUAUUUGAUGAAGGCAGCUCACUGUGUUGUUGUGAGCACAUUGAGGUGAACAUGGCUCCUCCCCUUGCUUAAGGGUGACUGAAUCAAUUCAUUCAACUGUUGAAAAAGACCUCUUCCAACAUUUUGGACACCUCCCUACAUCGUAUACACACAUACAAACAACUGCACCUAAAACCCUAAGAGGCACAUUGGAUAGUACUUUUUUUUAUUCAAGUCCCAAAGUCUCUGAAUACAAGGCUUUUAGUUCAAGUAGUAGUUAAACAUUUGUAGCGGCAGUUCAUUCUGUUAAUCAAACCUAUAGCGGCUAGGGUGUUUUGAGUUCCGGCCAAAAUGUCCAUGUCAAAAGUCAACGUGAGCUUCAGCACGUUUUUAAUGGUGUUGGAUGGAAAUAUAUUUAUGUCAACCUUCAAAUGCAUUUUGAACCGUUUUGUUUUACUGGGAUACAUAAAAGAUUAACAGAAAAUACCUUGGAACCACAGCCCUAUUAUAUUGCAAACAAAAGAUGGAAAAAACGAAAAUCUAAAAUGAGAGAUGCUCAAACUAAAGCAAUAAAAUGCAUGCAGAGGAAGUCAUUUAACGCAGCCUCCCGACUUGGUAUGAAUGGGAGAUGUGUGUGGGUAAAGAGAAUUUAGAAUUCAUUAGGAAAAUUCUGAUCACCGCUGAUACGGAAUUCUACUAGCUGGCCGCCUCAUGCACAGAGAACCAUUAGAAAGGGCCACCCUAGUCAGUUACUUUAUACUUUUUGUCAGUCAGGUUUCCGAUAUAACUUAAGUAGCACAAGUGAAAACCUCCACAUUCAAAAACAGAAAUGUCACUUACAUUUAGUGAGACAAUGCAACACGGCAAAAUUAAUUCAGAGUUUACAUUUUUAAAUAGUUUGAUGCCGUUGAAGGUGUGAAAA